GCGCGCUCCCUCUGUGCAGCAAGUCUGCGUGCGUGAGUGGGAGGUGGCAGGCCUUCGACUCUGGCCUUCCCCGCCGAGUGUUCCAGCGCGGCGUCUCCAGCCAUGAACCGGUUUGGUACCCGGUUGGUGGGAGCCACGGCGACACAGUCGCCGCCGCCAAAAGCCCGCAGCAAUGAAAACCUCGACAAAAUUGAUAUGUCUUUGGAUGAUAUCAUCAAAUUAAAUCGAAAGGAAGGAAAAAAGCAGAAUUUUCCACGGCUAAAUAGAAGACUCCAGCAAAGUGGUGCCAGCCAAUUCAGGAUGAGAGUACGGUGGGGAAUGCAACAGAAUUCUGGUUUUGGUAAGACUAGUCUGAGCCGUAGAGGAAGAGUAAUACCUGGAAAGAGACAUCCUUAUGGAGUUAUUACAGGCCUUGCAGCUAGGAAAGCAACUGGAAUUCGAAAAGGAAUUAGUCCUAUGAAUCGUCCACCUCUAACUGACAAGAAUAUAGAACGAUAUUUUCCAGUAUUAAAAAGAAAGGCAAACCUCCUGAGACAAAAUGAAGUGCAGAGGAAACCAGUAGCAGUUCUCAAGAGACCUAACCAGUUAAACAGAAAGAAUAACAUUCCAGCUAACUUUACCAGGAGUGGGAAUAAAUUAAGCCAUCAGAAAGACACUCGUCAAGCAACUUUUCUUUUCAGAAGAGGCCUGAAGGUUCAGGCCCAGUUGAACACAGAACAACUGCUAGACGAUGUAGUAGCAAAGAGAACUCGUCAGUGGCGGACUUCUACCACAAAUGGAGGAAUUUUGACUGUAUCUAUUGACAAUCCUGGAGCAGUGCAGUGCCCAGUAACUCAGAAACCACGAUUAACUCGUACUGCUGUACCCUCAUUCUUGACAAAACGGGAGCAGUCUGAUGUAAAAAAAGUUCCUAAAGGUGUCCCCCUACAAUUCGACAUAAAUAGUGUUGGAAAACAGACAGGGAUGACUUUGAAUGAGCGGUUUGGGAUCCUGAAGGAACAAAGAGCCACUCUCACAUACAACAAAGGAGGAAGCCGCUUUGUAACCGUGGGAUAGAUGCCUUGUCAAAGGGACUUUUGAGUGAUGACUCUGUUUGAAAAGUUGAAUUGCUUGAAGAGUUCAUCACAGAAAUUCAAGAAACUUUACUUCAGAAUAUUCAUAAGGCUAAAGAACUCUUAUUUUUAUUUUUGAAGUUUUUUUUUUAAACGUGUAUAAAAAAUACUGCCCUGAAAGAACAGCAGGGAUUAUGCCUAUCUCUUAAAGAUUUCAUGGUUGUCUCAGACAGAACGGUUCUCUAUUUGACAUGUUUGGUUCCUCAAGCAGCAGAAGGAAGACAGAAAGAUAGAAAUUGAUUAUUUUUAUGAUAGUGGUAUUUAGGAUCUCAUUAACUUUGCCCACUUUUUAGAUUUUGCAAUGGUAAAUCUUGUUCUUCAGAAAUAUGAGUAGGUCUCUUUGUUGCUGUCACUUAUCCUUUAAUAGUGUUGAUAUAAUAAGUGCAGUUGCCUUUUCUUCAUUAAAGAUAUUUUUUAAAAAACUUAUUAGAAUUCCAGUUUGGGGUUUUAAGAUUUAUGGGAAUAUCUGGAACUUGGUUAAUUUUUCAGGUAGUGUUAGGUUAAUCUCCCAGACUUCUAAAUCUUUAAUGCCAAACUUUUAACAAGACUUGUGGCUCUAGGCAUUAGUCUUAUUUAGAAUGUUGGUGCUUAAAGUCUGUAAAUGCAUAUUUACAAAGUUAUCUGAUAGGCCCUUGAAAGAGAACUGUUCAGUGUUAAAAUCUCACAGUUUGCAUUGAGUAAAUGAAGAAAGCAUGAGAGGAAGUAGAAAGUUAAAGGACAGGUAACUGAGGUGCAAAACUUUAAAACCCAAAAUUUUAAACAAAGGGCAAAUAACAAAAAGAAAAGUUUAAAAACCCGGGUCAUAGGUAUACUGUUUGGAUUUAGCAUAGUCUUGAGUCUAGUUAGUGUUCAAAAAGAAUUCUUCAAAUGAUAUUUAGAAGAAUUAUAAUUAUUAAAGUCGUUGAGUCCCAGAGAUAUUUUGAUAGUGAAAUUAAUAGCCAUAAAGUCCUAGACUUUCUUCUUAGAAAAGUUAAAAUUUAUAAGCUUUUGAGCUUACUAAAUUAAAUAAUUUAUAGCUCCAGAAACAAAAGUACACUUGUAUAUGUCACAAAGAAAAAAAUGCAAAAUAAUAAUAUAAUCACAUUGCAACUUUUCACUCUGAUUUCUUGUAUGGUAUAAAGUUCAGGCAUUUAUGGGGGAAAAAGGGUCCCCCCCCACUUCUGGAGGGGUGAGAGGAGUUAGUCUGUUGUGCCAAGAUAGUGCUAAGAGUCCUCAGAUAGUUGUAUAAUAUAAAUUAUGGUAUAAUGCCAAAAUACAGCCAAAUAUUCCAGCUAUAGGUCACAAGUUUUGUUAUUUUGAAGCUUGACCUUUUGGUUUGCUACAAUGUUAAGACUUCUAAGUUUCUCUGCAGUAGAUUAUUAACGUUGACUUUUCCUGUAAAACAAAACAAAAUAUUAAGUUAUUGCAUUGUCUCUCAUGUUCCUUGGGUUACUUAUUGAUUUAUGCUAGCCGUGGAAGGCUAUCAAUAACAGUUUCAUGCUUAUACCAAAGAAUUAAAUCUGAUCUUUAAUAUCUGAUACUUUGUCAGUACUUCUACUGAUAAGGGAUUAUUGGAAGCCAGUCACAAAAUUUGAAAACAAACCAUAGUCUCUCCAUACUUAUUUGAUGCUUUUCAUAGAGGUCAGGGACUCAUUGCAGAACAUUUUUGCAAAUGUGAAUGCUUAUAUUUGAUCCAGGAACAAUACGUUUUAGACUGGUUUAGAAUUACUUGUAGCUUAUUUAAAGCAGAGGAAAAACAACUGAGCACGAGUUUGCUGUCUUUAGAACAGUUUUCCUGUCAUUUUGAAUAUUAUUGAACAGAGCUAUUGUUAAUGCCAUUUUUGGAACAACCUUAAAAAUUGCCCCAAAUAUUGACAUUAAGUCCAUCAAACAACAAAGUGUCUUUGGUAUAUUAAACUUUUGCUCUUUGUGCAUCUGUAAUUUAAUUUUCUCUUUAAGUAUAAAAUUUUGCCUUUGGUAUAACUAAAUUAAAACUCUUGAGUAACUAACAUGUUGUAUGUAAGCAAAACAAUAUACUUUGUUGGAGGGAAA